AUCUAAUUAUAGAAACAUGGAAAUACCAGUUUCUCGCCUAAAUUUAUACCCAUUCUGAGCGAUAACAAGAAUCUGCAUAAUGGACGGUGGCGGCGACCUACCAAGGGCCCCCAAAUCGGAUUUUCUCAAUAGGAUUAAAAUCAAACUUGCAGGUCAAGGGAACACUUUACAGUUCGGAAAGAAGAAUCAAAUGGUUAUCUCCAGUUCAUCAGCUGGGGCUCAAGGUCCAGAUGUCACCGAAAUGGAUCCGAGUGACCUAGAUGAGUCCACGACAAACCCUGAAAGUUUGAGAGGAAGUGGUGGACCCGAGCUAGAUCUUGGAGGAACCGGAAACAAGGUUCAGAUCAGUGAGGAAAACAUACUUGUUUUCACCCAACUUGAUGACAAGGAGAUACCAAUGGAACAGGAACCCUCUCCAUCUCACCGUAGUUUGGAGCCAACAGUAACAGCAGUUCAAGCAUCGUCUUCCCCAGAUACUGAUGGAGAUGUAGUUCAAUCGUCAACGACAGAGACACCGAUGAAUACCAGCGUUCCUCAACAUAGCCUCAGUACAUCGAAUGUUAAAUCCCAGACUUGUGUUAAAUCUGCAUACGGGCCCGAUGAUAGAUCUCUUGUAAUAGACGGCUUAGAAUUAAGAUCAUCUCUUAACACAUUCCCCGAAGAUCAGUCGCCAUGCCAUGAUGAACCUCCUCCAGUUGACCUGUCAAGAACACGCUCUGUGAAACUCCAACCAGAAACAGGUAGAUCUGGUGGUGAAUCGCCCGGUUUCUCAGCGGAAUUGUCAGGAAAUCGUAGGGUCAAGUCUUCUCCAUCAAGACCUGUAGCAGGACAUCGACAGUCACAGCAUGGACACCAACGUGACUUUCCACCAUCCGCUGAACGUCAACAAACACUGACAAGGCAGACAUCUGAGAGUGGUCACAUGAGAGAAACACCCCAAAGACUUCACUUCCGGGAGGUUCGGGGCCAGGAGUAUCACAGACUUGAUCACUGCUGCCAUGUUGUGGACAUACGAAGAAGAAGUGAUGUGUUUGGAGACGUAUCUCAAGGGACUUUGUUGAGUUUGUCGUGGGAUGCGACAAAUAAGCACGUUGUAUAUACGUCAUGGACUGUGAGGCUGGAUACAGACAUACACAGAGAUCGUGCUGCUGUCAUCAAUCAGCUGGUUGAUGACAAGUUCCGAAACCUACAGAGUCUUGCUGGGAACAUAUUUCGGUCAUACACAGCUCAUCUUGUACGUGUAACAACCGACUUUUCAUUCACGUUUGGCCACUCAGAGCAACGGUCUGCAAACAGAAUGAUUGAAAACAAGGACGACGUCUGCACAAUACUUUCUGCACAUUUACCAGUGCAUUGUGACUUUAGUCUGGAAGUGUCGAACAAUGCAAGUUACGAUGUGUCACGUGAGGAGGGCCCUGAGGACUGCCAUACCGAAGUCCCAGCAGACGUUCAGAUUAUUUCGGAAGCGAUACUCAAGAAAAUGAAUCUGUCAACGCAGUCAAGGGAAGAGAACAAUGAAAUUGCGGAAGUUCAAGGUAGACUUGCAAAGAUGGAAUCUGAAUUUAUGAAUGCUGAGACGGAGUUAACCCAGACUCUAAAGACCCAGAAAGAGAAUUCCGAACGCCAACUGCAGAAAGGUCGAAAUAAAUUUGAAAAGUGUAUAAGAGAAUUACAACAAUACCAAUCACCGGUAAGCGCGACCAAAUCCUCAGCCCCUAUACAUGGACCAGUUCUGGAACCAAACGCUGGUUUUACAGUUCCGCCAGGCACGCAGGGUCAUUUCAGAAUGUAUGCCACAAGUGAAAGUGAGCCCAAUGUUCUAGAUCAGAAAUCAUCGCCAGCUCACACGGUGCAGUACUCAGAAAUACCUGAAAGUCCAACUGGAACAAGGUAUGAUAUUGGGUUCAUGAACAAAGCAGAGUUCUCCUCAAGAGGAGCGGGAUCCACAACAGACCAACAACCAUCCGGGGGCCCACCGACUGGCCAACGAGCAUCCACGGGCGUAGCAACAAGCCAGCAAUCAUCCGGGGGCCCACCGACUGGCCAACGAGCAUCCACGGGCGUAGCAACAAGCCAGCAAUCAUCCGGGGGCCCACCGACUGGCCAACGAGCAUCCACGGGCGUAGCAACAAGGCAGCAAUCAUCCGGGGGCCCACCGACUGGCCAACGAGCAUCCACGGGCGUAACAACAAGCCAGCAAUCAUCCGGGGGCCCACCGACUGGCCAACGAGCACCCACGGGCGCACCAACAGGCCAAAAAGCAGCCACGGGCACACCCAACGGUCAUCAAGCGCCACAGGGCGCACGAAUAGGGAAACAAUCAACCAGGGGCGCACCAACAGACCAACAAGCACCGCAUUGCGCACUAACAGACCAACAAGCCCCCCAGGGAACAACAGCGGCGCAGCCCACCUACAUCCAUAAAGACACACACAAAAAUUCCAGGCAGGAUGUCGAGGAUCUAUUACAGAUUAUACCAGAAGAAAGUCUUGUUACUGCUGAAAGGUUGCUGCAAGCAUUCAGCGUUUCAAGCGUUGGCGAUAGAAGGUCGCACCCAGAGGUGAAACGCCUGGCAGAUUCCAUAGCUCUGGCACUACAAGAGGAGGGACGACCACCAUCCAGAUCGAACGGCCCCGAUACCAUUCUUUGUCUUGACGUGUCUGACAGUAUUGGACAGAACGGCCAGGAGCAGCUGAAGGAAGCGGCAAACGUCUUCAUCGACGGCAUAGAGGACGUAGCUGAACAGUUCGGUCUGGAGGAGAACAUCGGUGUGGUCGCGAUGGGAGGAAGAAGCACAGUGGUUCAGGAACUCACUAAUGACUUUGGAAUGGUCAGGGAAGCUAUAGAUAAUCUUAAGUUCGGUGGCCGAAGUCCACUAUUCGAAGCGCUACUUGUUUGUGCUGCGGCAGUGAAAGGCCGGGGUGGUAUUUUAAGUAUUGGUGACGAACACAAGAUCCGACCUCGGAUUAUAUUUAUAACGGACGGAUUAGCAACAAGCUAUGCUAGUUGGACCGGCUCUGACGGAUGGAGCUCUGACCAUGAAACCAAAGUUAAGCUGAUUCAGCUUGUUCAACAAUUUCUACCGAAGAAUAACAGUUCCGCUCCUCAUCCGAUAGCAUGGGUUCCAGUGGGAAAGGCGGACAGAGGAUUUUUGAAGUCGCUUGCCAAACUUGGACACGGAGAGGUUGUGGAACGUGACAACAUUGCGAAACUCAGCAGGAACUACAGAAUCCAGGGAAGUAUAGGAAAGAUCCUGAUAUGUGUGAAAACAGGUUCUGAGUCAAGUAGUAUAGAAACUCUUGCAGAAGCCCUGCUCGGAGACAUGGAUCCUGAGGAAAAGUCCGCCAUAGUGGAAGCAGUGAAGAGGAAGCUGGACCACACACACACGGGCGGUGAUGAUGAUGAUGAUGAUGAUGAUAACAUGGAACCAAACGACUUCAAACGCUUCCGAGAGAAGAACGCUCUUCUUGCCCUUGGGACGAGAGUCAGUCGGGGUCCUGACUGGAAGUGGGGCGACCAGGAUAGUGGAGGACCCGGGACAGUGAUCAACCAUGCCAGGGAAGACAAUUUGGUCUGGGUAUGUUGGGAUUUCAACUCCACAUGCUGUAGAUACAGAUAUGGAUACGAGAACAACUACGACCUGUUGGUGACAGACACUGCGCGGUACCUAUGUGAUGACGAACUCAUUGAAAUAGGGAACAAGGUCCAAAGAGGACGUGAUUGGGCGUAUGGAAACCAAGAUGGAGGACCCGGAAAUCACGGGGUCGUGAUCCGGAAAUCUCCGGAGGGAAAGGUCAAGGUGCGAUGGUUUGCACAGGAUACUAUUUGUACAUACAACUAUGGCUGUGAUGGACGCUUCGACCUUGAAAUAUGUAAACCAGAUUUUGAAACACCUCCAAGGAAACCUAGUCCAGUCCCUGCAACAUCUGAUUCAGUUCCUACAGUAGUUGCAUGGGAGUGGUGUGACAACGCUGGUGCGUGGACACUUUACGACGUGGAGACGUCGCAAAAACUGGAAAAAGAGUUUCAGAGAAAUGGAAAUGGGUCGUGCUUGAUACAGAAGAAUGGGAAAAGUUUCAGGGUGGUAUACAAAAAGGACCCGAUGAUCGAGAAGUCAGUGUCUGGCAAUGAGGUGCACAAUGUUCGGCGAAUCGCAUGAUGGAACACGAACUGUGGUAUACGGAAGGCCAUUGCAAGAAACAGAUGUGUUUUUUAUGUGAUUCUAAAUAUGGGACCAAUUGCUGUCGAUCCUGACAGUGGCUACUUCCUUGUCCGUGUAGCAUAAUCUAAUUCCAUCGCCAGUAUUCAUCUGCUAAACUGGGCGUCGGGGUAGCCUAGUGGUUAAAGCGUCCGCUCGUCACGCCUAGGACCCGGUUUCGAUUCCACACAUGGGUACAUUGUGUGAAGCCCAUUUCUGGUGUCCCCCGCCGUGAUAUUGCUGGAAUAUUGCUAAACGCGGCGUAAAACCAUACUCACUCACAAAUAUACAUGUAGGUGAUGUACAUAUCUUACCUGUGUGUACACCCAAUUCGUACAUAUUGUAUAUUGUACAUAUUGUAUAUUGCCAUAUUGUACAGUACUGAUCAUGGUACACAACCCCAUCGGUAUUCAACAACCAAAGAUCGUUAGUUCCGUAGAUCGAUACUCAUGAUGUCAAUCACAGGAUGUUCUGGACCAAACUAUAUCAUUUACACGAUUGAUGUACAACACACGCUGCCGUUAUAUACUGGACUGGACUGUUGCUGAGUUUAACAACAAAUGAAUAAACACAUAAAAUGUA